UUCCCGGACAACAUGUAGAGCUCAUCGAGCCGGAGAGACGGUGAAGUGGAUUUUAUUCUCCAUCUGAAUCCAGUAGAGUCUGUUUCUACUGAGCGGGACCAGCCGGAGCCGCUUGAUCCGGAUUCAGAACCAGACUCUCGGCUCCUGUGAGGAUCCAUGGAGGGUGUGUGAGAUCUCCUCGCUGCCUGACUCAGACGUGACGGAGGAGGUGCAGAGAAACCGCAUUAACGAUGUCUCUCGGAGGAAGAGUGUCCUCCUCUGUCCUCCUGUCUCCCAGGAGGGACACCGCGGGGCUGCAGGUCAACCCGGCCGACGUCCCCGCCCUGGAGAUCAAACUGGGAGCGCUGGUGGUGCUGCUGUCCGUCACGCUGCUGUUUGGAUUCGCCCCUCUCUGCUUGGUGCGGGGGGCGGGGCGCUGCAGCGUGGACCCAGAUUCGCGGCGCCGGGUGCUCAGUUUGAUCAGCUGCUUCGCCGGGGGAGUUUUCCUGGCCACCUGCCUGCUGGACCUGCUGCCGGACUACCUGCAGGGCAUCAACGAGGCCUUCAGCAACGCAGGCAUCACACUGCAGUUCCCUCUGCCUGAGUUCAUUGUGGCCAUGGGUUUCUUCCUGGUCCUGGUCCUGGAGCAGGUGGUCCUGGCCUUCAAGGACCAGUCGUCCUCGUACACAGAGGAGCGGCGGACUCUGCUUGUGGACUCCAGCGUCCAGGCCAACGACAGGAACGGACUUCAUCACCACCGUCAUGGAUCGCACGAGGCCGAUGGGGGCCACUUCCACGUGGACAGCUCUCAGUCGGCGCUGCGAGCCUUCGUCCUGGUCUUCUCUCUGUCUCUGCACUCGGUGUUCGAGGGCUUGGCGGUGGGGCUGCAGGAGGAGGGGAAGGCGGUGCUGGAGAUCUGCCUGGCGCUGAUGAUCCACAAGAGCAUCAUCUCCUUCAGCAUGGCCUUCAAGCUGUCUCAGUGCCGGCUGCGGCGCUCCGUUGUGGCCGGCUGCCUGCUGCUGUUCGCCGUCAUGUCCCCGCUGGGCAUCGGCCUGGGUAUCGGCCUCACCGAGACCAAGGCGCUGCCGCAGCACCAGCUGGCCCGCAGCACGCUGGAGGGGCUGGCGACAGGGACCUUCAUCUAUAUCACCUUCAUGGAGAUCCUGCCGCACGAGCUCAGCUCCCCCCGGCACCGCAUCCCCAAGGUGGCCAUGCUGCUGGUGGGCUUCGCCUUGGUCACCGGCGUGCUCUUCAUCAAGCUGUAACCAUGGCUACGCACAGGUUUGGCAAGAAAGUCAGUCUGCCAACGUUCAUCUGUAUCAGAGGGUUCAAGGCAGCAAACAUCUGCUUCUUCAUCACACGUCCAAUCAGCUGUUUUAGUUCCAGGAAAAUAAUACAAAUAUUUUAUGAAUAAUAAUAAUAAUAAUAAUCAUUACGGUGGACAAUUAUGUUAAACUGCUUCAGUGUGGAACACAUUGUUAUCUCCUGGGGGGCCCCUCCUGACCCCCCAGCUAUACAUGUCAGCUUCACUAUUUCCCCUGACACCAGAAACCAACCAGUACUCUGCAGCUGGAAAGAUGAUUUGAUUAAUCGAUCAACUGACUGACGGAAAAUUAACCAUUUUCAUACCUGAUAAAUUGUUUCAGUAAAUUAUAUUAAUAAUAUUUACUUGUUUCUCAUUUUUCUAUGACAGUGAACAAAAUACUCCAAGAAUAUUUUCACUUCUGGUAAUAAUGACAGAUUUUUUUCCUCCAUUUUACUCAUUGAUUAGUUAUUAAAAAAAAUAACUGUCAGUCGAUUAAUAGUGAAAAUAAUUAUCUGUAUAAUACGACCUUGCUUGAGUGUUAAAGGUCUCUUAUUUUGUGCUCCUGUGUUUUAUUUGAAGUGUUGAUCCAUCAGAAGAUAUAAAAACCAUCUCAGUGUAGUUUUACAUCUCCUCUCUCAGGCUUCUCUCUGCAGCUCUAGUAACAACAGGUCUGUGAGCCAAUCAGAAGAGAGGAGGCUCUGAGCCUCUCUUCUGAUUGGCUGACUGUUUUCUGAGUGAUCCAAUAAAAAUAUAGCAGAUUUCAGGUAAAAACACUCAGAGAAACCAAAUCCUGCAGGGUUUGGAUGGUGGGUCCAGGUGGGCGGGGCUUGGUGACUGCUUUGUUGUGACAUCACAAAGUUCCAGAAGUCCUGACGGCUGGUUUUAAGGCUCAGUUUCUGAAUACAGGCUGUGUGCAUUUCUCUGUGGACUGAGGCUUUGAUACUUUCACAGUAUCACCGAAGUGUUAACUUUAAGGCUGUAAGUAAUGGCAGUGAAAAACAUCUGAGACACCAAAGUGACGUCUUCAAACGUCUCCUUUUAUCCGACCAAUAUGAAAACCAAAGAUCUGAGCGUCUGAUAAGCUGGAGGCGGAUAAUGUUUGUUCUGUAUGAUUGAUAAAUGAUUUGAAUGCAGAACGGUCAAACAUCAGAUAUGUGGUGUUUGUUGAAACAGCUCGUCAGCAGCAAAUCCUGUCGACAAACAUCAAAUAUGUCACAUUUUCAACCAUCAGUAACUGAGACCGAACCUCUCGGCUCACAGCUGGGAAUGUGUGAAUAUGUGAAAUUUCUCUUUCUUCAGAGGAAGAGACAGAAACAGAAAACUCUUUGUGUCCCGAUGAACAGAUUUCCCUCUUUUCACUUCAACUUUGAAAAAGCAAGUCUUGUUAUUCAGACGAGGCUCUGCAGAGAAACGCUGCGCUGAGCAAACACAAUAGUCUGGUUGUUGCUCCGUCACAGACAAUUUCCACCAGAGGCCAACACUGUAACGACAACACUAGUGGAGGGAAACCUCGAAUCACCUGUUUCAGACCUGCUCUGAUUUAUUCUGUCUGGCUUUAAAUGGAUUUCAUAAGCUGAAAAUAUUCUUCAAUAAAUCCUGAAGAGUUGAUGUAAUUCACAGUGAAAAUGACACUUAGAAAUGUAUUUUUGUAAUUACAUCACCAAAGUCAUUUUGAGGACGACAAUAUAUUUUUAUCAUUGUGUUGAAUGUAUGAAAUGUGUCACAUUUUGUUUUGUGAUGAAACAUGAACGACUGAAUUAAACAUGAAAUUGUUUUUCAGAUCAAACACUGA